UGAGCCGGCCUCGGGCCGCCAAUACAGUGACGGCCACUCACAGAGUUACGGCACAUCCUGGAAUAACCACUACCAGUCGCCCACCAAGGGCUCCAGCUAUGACAGUCGCUACGACGCUCCCGAGAAGGGAGACUCCGACAGGUAUAAUGACGAGGGCCACCACCAAUACAACCACAAGGGUGGCGACUCCGACUCUGUCAGCUACCACUCGGAAACACCCUACGGCGGGGGCCACUACAGCGGCGGAACCUACCACAGCGGUGGUGGAAACUACCACGGAGACGGACGAAACAACUACCGAGGUGGCGACGAUCACUACGGCGGAGGUCGCUAUGAUGGUGGUGGAAACAACUACGACGAUGGUUACAACUACGGCGGCGAUGAUGGUUACGGAGGUAGUAGAAACCACGGCGGUGGAAGGAACCACAACGAUGGCAUAACCUCGUACACCACUGGUGGUAAUCACUACAAUGGCGGCGGUGACGGCAGAAACGACUACGACAGUGACGACCACGGGUAUGGCGGUGGCAGAAACCACUACGAGGGUGACGAAAACCACUACGGUGGUGGCGGGAACAACUACGGGUAUGGGGGAGACAGCCAUGGUGACGAUUACGGCCGUGGACACGGCGGAUACAGUGGACAUGAUGAGCACGGUCACGGUUCUCAUGAUGAGUACGGUCACGGUUCUCACGGCGGGUACGACCAUGGCGGGCACGGCGGCGGGUACGGCGGCUCCGGACGAGGCUCUAACGGCCACUCAGAGGAUCCCAUUGACGAGUACGCCGUGUACAGCCCGAAAAUGAGCGGCACGUACCGGCGAAGGAGCGACCCGGGGCAGGGUGGUCACCACAGGGGCAGUCUCAGGCGGCCAGUGUCAGAGGGGAACACCAUCGGAUACGGUGUUGCAAAACCUCCUGGUGUUGAUAGGAAAGAUGACUUUGAGGACUUCUCGAGCGGUGGAAAGGCACAGAGUUUGUUGGACAUGAUCAACCAAAGAACUGAAGAGGCGUUUAGUGGGCCUAAGUCACCAAGUAAAUACGCUGAGAAAGGAUACGGAGGAAAGGGUGUCUUCAACAACUUCAAAGACUACGGCUUUGAUAAUGGAAACAAUCAGAAGCAUUUCAAGAUAAACUCGAAACCCAUGAAAUAUCAGAAGAAAUAUGAGGGAUUGAGAGGGCCAGCUGAACAUAAUUUCGGCGGUCAUGGCAAAGUAGAAUCCUCCAAGCGUGAACCAUUAAAGCGACCCAGUGGUUUUGACGAAUUCAUCCAAGAGCCUCCGGCUUUUAAAGGACAGUUUAAGUACAUCCAGCAGAAAAACGGCGAGAACCAAGGUACAACAUUUGGCGAUUUUCACAUUCCCGAUCAUAUCUUUAAUGGCGAUUCAUUCUUCGAUCAGCGUAAGGAGAAGAUUGUAAAGGGAAAUGACCAUCAAGGCUACAAAAAGCAGCAAUCGAACGAUGGUGCGUUCUUUACCAGAGGACAGGAACAACACCAAGUCCCUCUAAACGACUUCAGGAGCCCAGGCAGCCAGUAUGAUAUUCGUGUCAACGAAAUGUUUGACAAAAUAUCCAACCCGUUCCAAAGUCACGGACCGCAAGAUCCCGGACAUGGGAGUGAUGUUCACCAGUUCAGUGAGCACGACGAUGCUUCCGACACCAUGCCCCAUAAAAGCCGCUAUCAGGAAGUAGCCGCUAUGGCCAGAGAAGCAGUCGAUCCUCCAACUGUUGAGCAGGAAGAGGACAACAUCAACCUCAACGAAACCGACAAAGAACUUGUGCAUAAUCGCACAAAACGAAACAUUUCCGUCAGCGAGGACGCUAACGUUUUGCCGCAAUCUGUAGCAGAGAUCGACUCCAGAUCCGAAUCAGAGAUCAAUUCGAGAGAGGACAAAAAGAGCGAGCCGCGCGAAGUACACCCCGUCAUUCAUCGCUACUUCGAUGGCGUGCCGCACAUGAUUCACCGCGACAUGGGUGACGAAGUCUUUGAGGAAGUUGAGGGCAAGUCGGAUCUGGCGGAGUCGAGCCGCGAUGCCCGUCGGUUUCGUCUAGGAUUCCGCAACCCGUUUAGUUCUAGAUCUCGUCCCUCGGUCCGUCGACCACAGCGAGGAACCCAGAGAAACCAUCCCGGUCGUGUGUCGAUUCAUCCUCCGAGAGGGUUCCAUCAGUCGCCGCCGCAGGGACACCACCAGAGACAGCACAGUCGAGGUGCUGCGUCGACUAUCGGCGAGGUCAGGCGACAGGACAGCCAGGUCAGCCCCGGAUUCAAGCCUGGGGUGCUGGAGCACGGCUUCCUUCCCAUCCUUCCGCCAAAGCACCACAUCAGUCGCCGCAGCCUGUCAGACGAGGCUGCCGGAUCUGACUACCAGCCUUACUACAGCAACUACAAGGGUCGCCACGGCUACCGCAACUACAAGACCCAGCAGGACCCCUACCAGAGAUAUCUGCCCAGAGAAGACGAGAACGACCCUUACUUUAGGUACGCAUCUCGAGAGAACAUCCAACACUCGCACGAGGGUGACGUGCCUCCUGAGGUGGCGGAUGAACGUCUGAAGGGUCAUCAGGAGCACGAUCUGUACGGAACGAGAGGAACAAGACGUCCCACCACCUUCAGCCGCAACAAACCUCGACACGCUCCGAGGGUUGCGCCUGACUACGACUACUAUUACGACGACAACGACCGAGAGCGUCCUCGGUACGACGGAGAACGGCGGCGUACGGCCGGGUACGGCCCGGAGUACGACAACGACUACGGCGCCCGGCGCGAGUACGACAGGGACUAUCGCGACGGCCCACCAAGGAGCCAGGGACGCCAGGACGACUAUCACUAUGACUACGAAGACUACCCCGCUGACGACUACGACUACGGAGAUCACGGCGACUACCGAGACGCCAACAACCGUUACCAUGACGACGAGGGCAGUGGUUACCAUGGUGACGGCGUCAGACGCGGCACAGGCGGCAGCAGAAACAAGAGCAAGUUCUACGACCCCGGUUACCAGUCUGGGAGAUACAAGGACGACCCGACUAGAGACUACUACGGAGCAAGCGGCGAUGAACGCAUCAGGGACAUCGACGGCGAGAUCCGGGAUGAAGCUCACCGCGGCUACGCCGACUCCCGACGCACUGUGUCAGCCAUGCUGGACACGCUGGCACAGAAGAAGGAGGACGCCAACUGCAAGGAGGUGGCCAAGGACGGCAUGACCUGCUACCAGUGCACCGACGCCAAGGGAUUCCAGACGGAGGACUGCGCCUACGCCAGCAACAGCAAAGACCCCAACAACCAGCACGUGAGCUACAGCGAGUCCUCCUCCUACGGCGACCCCAAACAGGACAAACACUCCUCCACCCCCGGCGACAAACACAAGCGAGACGGUGGCGACACCUAUAACUUCGACUACGAGCCGGAUUUUGACGGAAUCGAGAUCGACUCGGAACGUGACGAUUAUCACUCGGGCCCCCACGGCGGGAGAAACUCUCAGGAUCCAGACGAACAUUUCUCAGGAGAAGACGACUUCCUAACUCCAGACGAGGAGCAGGAUAAGGCCCGCUACCAGACCCCGGGGGCGUUCAAGUCGGGCCGGUUCCGUGAUACUUAUGCCGGUCGUGUCCGAUCCAGGUCUAAGCGUCACGCGGGCCACUAUCACGGUGCGGGGGAUAGCGCGAACACCACCGACCAUCAGCCUGUAGUGGAUGACUCGUACACCGGUCGGGCCCUGGCGAGGUUUCUGAGUGAUGACGAGCAUAAUCACGAGGUCGGGCCGAGGACUGAUACCCAGGGUGAGGACACACCACAGUACGGCGCUGAGGUACCACAGUACCGCGCUGGGGUACCACAGUACGGCGAAGAUACACCAAAGUACCGCCAGGCGGAGCCACCGUACAGCGCUGAGGUACCCCAGUACCGCUCGGACGCUCGUCCAGCGCAGCGUCGCAACGGAGGCGGGUACCACGUGCGAGGAGUUGUACCCGAGUACCACCGUAAGGUGGAGUCCUCCCAGUCCUCCGGAGGCGGGUACGACAGGUACGGCACCGGGCAGCGCCGGCCCGCGCCCCCUCCGCCCUCUCCGGAUUACACUGAGGAGCACGACGCCGGGUACCGAGACGGCGACCACAGCGCCACCAUCGGCGAUCUGUUUGACUACAGGUUCGGAAAAGCGCCGAUAGAUGACAAGUUCGUCGAGAGGCUGCAGGAAGACCGUCAAGAUGACGAGCCUGCUGAAUAUGACUACGAUGAUUCCGAGAGGCCUGAGUAUGAAGACCCCAACGUCCCUGACUAUGACUAUGACUAUCAGGGAAGUGGCCAGGAUUAUGAGUACGUGGACUACCCCUCACAGCGGCGGCCGUUCAGAGCUCCUGAGGACACACCCAACAGAUAUUCCGACUACCGAGACGGCCCUCCCGAGUACUAUUCAAGAAACCCCAGCGGACACACUUACCCCGCAGUCGACUCGUAUCCAGCUCAGCGACAGCAGCGCCGCGGUGCGGAUAGCUUCAGAAGCACUGACAGCCAGGAAACCGAGCCAUCUCAGCGCAGCUACGGCGCAGAUGGUGCUGCCACCUACAACAAAGACCGAUACCAGCGCCGUCAGGCGGACGAUCGUGACAACAGCGUCAAGGAGCACGAGCGAGCGCAAGACAUGGCACCUCUAAACGACGAACCUGCCCCGUACGAAACUCACACCUACACCAACCCUGACGCCACUCGCUCCUACGAGGUAUCCGCCCACUCGAGACCCUCGCUGACAGAUGACCUGGGCAUGCCCCGGGGGUACCUCCAUAGCGACACUCGCCCCACGAACGGCCGGUCGGCUCCCGGGUACGGGGACGGCUUGGAGACGAGGUAUGACCGGCCGGAGACGUACGCCAGCCUGAACCGUGGCUCGGCCAUGACCCGGCAGUACCAGGACCCAGGAAGGGAGUUCUUCAGGAGCCACCCGGUCGGCUUCGAGCACUUCCCCAACUUUGAUUACGUCGAGAAGGAGAAGAAAAAUAAGUAGGCCUCGGGAAUCGCUUUCGAUGUGACAGUAUUUUAGUAUGCUUACUUGUUUUGUUUCUGUUUUGUGAAGAUAUCUCCUGGUGUGUUAGUUAUGUUGUCAUCGUUUUGUGUUUAAUUUUGUUGUUGCCUGACGUUUUUGUAUAAUGUAAGGGUGUAAGGACAGGACAUAGUAACGCAGCACAUGUGGUUAAAUGCAACUAUGUAUAUUCGAUUUAUUGCAAGAUGUUCUGUAAGCGAUUCAGUGCCGGCGAGGCGCUCGAGGUGAAGGUAGUAAAAUUGCAAAUAUAGUGCAAUGUAUAAGGAAUACUCAGAAAGCGACCAUAGCUGUAUCGCGGUAGGACUUAUUUAUAUUGCAACAGUACUGUUUUAUCUAAAGUUAAGCUAAUACUUUAGUUAAAAUUCAAUAUGUGUGGGUAGCAACCCAGUUGACAGAAAAAUAAGAUAUACUAAUAUACUGAUAUACUGAUAUACUGAUAUUAUAUCUCAUGGUGAAUGUACAAUAGAACAAAAAGAUGUAUAGUCAAAUGGCGCACUCAAACGAUUUAAUUACCGAAAACUGUCUAAUUCGUUUAUCACUUCUAACGGUGCCAUAACAUAACUAGUGUGGGAGAGUUACUACACUAGCAAGUAGCAAAUACCAAGACAGUAAGUAACAUGCACUCUUCAAUCUUCAUGCAUUCUUGCAUUCUGCAGUAGGUAACAUGCACUGCACACCUCAUCUUAAGUCACAUUUCAAUAUCAAUUUGCAAUGUACAGCGUUGUAAAGUACAUUAAAGAGACUUGAGAAAUUUUUACCGGCUUGUUUUUAUGAAAGUAGGUAUAUGUACGCUGCAAGUAUUUCUGUGUUUACUGAAACGAUUUCUGUGUAACGCACAUGUUAUGAUAACCGUUAUACAAGCUAUGUCGAACUACAACAAUAAAGCACCUUCUUUGGCACGCAUGGAUCUAAUGUGAAUUUCGAUGGGAAACGAAUACAAUGAAGAUGUUCAUCGGACG